AUGGAAGAAGAGUCGACUUUGCGCCACCGAAAGCCUCACCACGAGGAGCCCAAGCCUGAGCAAGACCAGGAGGAGACGUCCGAGUCUGAGUCUGAGAACGAGGGGGGCAAGACCAGAUCUUCCAAAGAGAUUGAUGAGGAAGACCCUUGGGAUGGCUACACUCCCUACGUCGACGUCCUCCGCGUCAUAACCUUCUUGCUGCUCGCAUCAUGCGGCCUCAGCUACGUCAUCAGCGGAGGCAAGAGCUGGUUCUGGGGCAUGAAGAACAAGCCCGACUACUUGACUGUCAAGUACUACAAGGAGCUUAUCACUGGACCAGUUGAGUUGUCUCUUCCAGCUGUCAUUCCUCUGCUAACACCUACACAGCCGCCGCCCACCUACCUGACCCUUGACGAACUCAAGCUCUACGACGGAACCGACCCCGAUAGACCCCUCCUCCUCGCCAUCAACGGCACCAUCUACGACGUCUCCAACGGCCGCCGCAUGUACGGACCCGGCGGUUCAUACCACUACUUUGCCGCCACCGACGCCGCUCGCGGUUUCGUCACGGGCUGCUUCGCCGAGGACCGCACCGCCGACCUGCGCGGCAUGGAGGAGGCCUUCCUACCCCUCGACGACCCUGAGACGGACGCCCACUGGACCCCUGAGGAGCUCGCCGCCCUCAAGGAGAAGGAGCUGGCCGAGGCCAAGGAACACGCCCACAAGGCCCUGCUCCACUGGGUCAACUUCUUUGCCAACAGCAAGAAGUACUCCAAGUACGGCUACGUCAGCAGGGAGGACGACUGGCUCGAGAAGGAGGAGCCCAAGGUGCUGUGCGACCAGGUGCAGGCCACCAGGAAGAAGAGAAAGAUUCCCGGCAAGGAGGAGGAUUAA